CAUCCGCCGCAACGGAAACGAAAGGCAAAUUUCUUCAACUCUUCCAAAGCAAUUCCUUCAUCUUCACCAGCUCCACCAAUUCCACCACAAUCACCACAGUCGCCUCCCCAAUUCCCCUGUUCUCUCCACCUCUCUCCCCUAUCACACUCAAAAAUGGACCAGUUGACUUCUCGUGAACAACAACAGUUCAACUCUUUGGUUGAACAGAAGCAAAUGAAGGACUUCAUGCGUCUCUACUCAAACUUGGUGGAAAAAUGCUUCACUGACUGUGUCACUGAUUUCACUUCCAAAAACCUAUCUGGCAAAGAAGAGAGCUGUGUCUUGAAAUGCACUGAAAAAUUCCUAAAGCACAGCGAAAGAGUUGGUUUAAGAUUCCAGGAAGAGAACCAGAAAUUGAUGCAAAACAUGAGACGCUAACCAACACUUGUGCUCGUUAUAUCUCUUCUCUUCUCUUCUCUUAUCCUACACUAAAUAUCUUCCCAAGUAAAUACACUAUCUAAAUACACACAACCUAUUAUCUUGUAUAUAUAUCUACUGCGAAUAAUUUCCAUUUUCAUCACCAAACGAAAUACGACCCUUCGCUCUUCCUCGAAUUUUUCACUUAAA